UUCCUCAUUCUAUGCAUACAACUCAAACACAAGUAACCAAAAAUGAAAGUAUCUUCUUCUGUUGCUAGUUUCCACAAUUUUGCCUUUUCUCCUUCUUUGACCUAUUCUAACCAUCAAGAUCAAGGCCAUCAUGUGACUUUGAAACCAUUGUUGGCAAAGGGGACAAUUUCUUGGCCAAGAAAAGUUGGUUGUAAAAGUGGGAUAGUAGUGGAAUGUGGUAGUAGGGGUAUGGUAAGAGAGUUGGAGAGAGAGCUUGAAGGUGAGAUUGAUGAAGAAAAGGGUAAGGGUAAAAGUGGAAUGACAAGGUAUAGAGAAAAGUGUGGAGGAGAAAGGAAAGGGGCUGUUGAGUUGUUGGAGUGUUUGGAAAAGGAAGCAAUAAUGGGUGAUGAUGUUGGGAAAGAAGCUAAUGAUUAUAACAGAAGGGCUCGGAUAUUUGAUAGAAGCUCUAGAGUUUUCCAAGCUCUCAAGGAAUUUGAUGAUCAUGCUUGAAUGGAAUUAGUUUCAUAAAUAUGAUUUUGACAAUUUAUUAGCUAAACAAGUUCCAAUAUAUGUCUACAAAUUUAGGAAAAGGGUUUGAUUCUUAUGAUAUAAAGCUAGGAAAAUUGAUCAGCAUUAGGAGCUGACUUAUGAGGACUAUGUUGUGCUUUUGUUUUUAUUAUUUCUUUGUGUUGUCUGUAAUAGUUUUAAUGUACUUCUUUUAUGUUUAUGUAAUUAGUGUUAUAUUGGAUACCAAUAAUAACAAUAAAUGGACGAUUUCUCUUAUUUAGAA